AUGGCUGUGCCACUGAAAAAGUUGAGGUUAAAGGAUUUGCCAAAAUUGAAGAAUGUGUUGAGCAAUAAUCAAAGCCAAGGAGCAAUAAACUUGGCAUCAUCCUUAUGCCAUCAAAAUCAAAUUGAAGAAAUUAUAGCGAGACAGGAAGAAGAGGACAAUGAGGACACGGAAAUCAUUUUCAGCAAAUUGGAGCUUUUGGAACUUCAUGGAUUACCAAGAUUGAAGAGAUUUUGCAGCCAAAAUUAUACUUUCAAGUUUCCAUUAUUACAAUCUGUAACCAUAACAGAGUGCCCUCGACUCACGGCAUUCUGUUCCGGAGCCAUUCAUGCCCCGCAGCUUCAAAAUGUUCGAGUGACCAGUGAAUAUGGAGAAUCUCACAUAGAUAUUUGGAUGACUGAUCUUAAUGCCACCAUCCAACACCGGUUUACUAUUCAAGAGGUAAUUUCCACAACCAAAAGCAUGGCUUUAAAUGCGAAGAAUAUCACAAUGAUAAGGGAUGUCUUUCCUGAAGUGAGAACUCUUUAUGUAGAAAGCUUCACAGAUGAAGGGGUAACAUUUCCCUAUAGCUUCCUUGAGAGAUUUCCCAAGUUGGAUAAGCUUUAUGUGGAGCAUAGUUCCUUUGGGGAGAUAUUCCCCUCACAGGAUGAGAUUCUUGAUUUUAUGGGAAAAAUCCCACUAGUUGAAAAAUUACACAUUGCCUAUUUGGAUCAACUCAAGAGCAUAUGGAAGGAUGCUUCUCAGCUACCACCAAUUCAUCAAGACCUAAUAAAAUCCCUGGAAGUUGAAAGUUGUCAUAGCUUGGUCAAGUUGGCACCAUCCUCUGCUUCAUUUCAAAAUUUGUGGAAGCUGUCUAUAUCUGGAUGUCAUCAACUCGUCUAUUUGGUGACAAGUUCAACUGCCAAAAGCUUGGUGAGUCUCUUAGGGUUGAAGAUAAAUGAUUGCAAAAAGAUGGAGGAAAUUGUAUUGAAUGAGAACAACGAAGAUGUAGAAGGUGGAAUCACAUUCAACCAAUUGCGGCGGAUCAAACUUACUGAUAUGCCAAGCUUGAAGAUGUUCUCUUCACAGAGUCAAACAUUUGAAUUCCCUGAAUUGAAAGUGAUAGAACUAACUGGAUGUCUUGAAAUGAAGAUGUUUUGUCCAGGAGUAUUGGAAACACCAGAGUUGUCUAGAGUAAAAAUAGAAGAGCAUGAGAUGAAAUGGAAGGAUAAAGGGGACCUUAACAAAACAAUAGAAAUGCUAUCCUCAGUAAAGGUAUGA